AUGGAUCCGCUGUGCACAGCCUCCUCAGGCCCUCGGAAGAAGAGACCCAGGCAGGUGGGUGCCUCAAUGGCCUCCCCUCCUCAUGACAUCAAGUUUCAAAAUUUGGUCCUUUUCAUUUUGGAAAAGAAAAUGGGAACCACCCGCAGAAACUUCCUCAUGGAGCUGGCUCGAAGGAAAGGAUUCAGGGUUGAAAAUGAGAUCAGUGCUUCUGUCACCCACGUUGUAGCGGAAAACAACUCUGGUUCAGAGGUUCUCGAGUGGCUUCAGGUACAGAACAUAAGAGCCAGCUCACAGCUAGAACUCCUUGAUGUCUCCUGGCUGAUCGAAAGUAUGGGAGCAGGAAAACCAGUGGAGAUUACAGGAAAACACCAGCUUGUUGUGAGAGCAGACUAUUCAGCUACCCCAAACCCAGACUUCCAGAAGACUCCACCACUUGCUGUAAAAAAGAUCUCCCAGUACGCGUGUCAGAGAAGAACCACUUUAAACAACUAUAACCACAUAUUCACGGAUGCCUUUGAGAUACUGGCUGAAAAUUCUGAGUUUAAAGAAAAUGAAGACUCUUAUGUGACAUUUAUGAGAGCAGCUUCUGUACUUAAAUCUCUGCCAUUCACAGUCAUCAGUAUGAAGGACACAGAAGGAAUUCCCUGUCUGGGGGACAAGGUGAAGUGUAUCAUAGAGGAAAUUAUUGAAGAUGGAGAAAGUUCUGAAGUUAAAGCUGUGUUAAAUGAUGAACGAUAUCAGUCCUUCAAACUCUUUACGUCUGUUUUUGGAGUGGGACUGAAGACAUCUGAGAAAUGGUUCAGGAUGGGAUUCAGAUCUCUGAGUAAAAUAAUGUCAGACAAAACCCUGACAUUCACAAAAAUGCAGAAAGCAGGAUUUCUCUAUUAUGAAGACCUUGUCAGCUGCGUGACCAGGGCCGAAGCAGAGGCGGUUGGCGUGCUGGUUAAAGAGGCUGUGUGGGCAUUUCUGCCGGAUGCCUUCAUCACCAUGACGGGAGGAUUCCGCAGGGGUAAGAAGAUUGGGCAUGAUGUAGAUUUUUUAAUUACCAGCCCAGGAUCAGCAGAGGAUGAAGAGCAAGUUUUGCCCAAAGUGAUAAACCUAUGGGAAAAAAAGGGAUUACUCUUAUAUUAUGACCUUGUGGAGUCAACAUUUGAAAAGUUCAAGUUACCAAGCAGACAGGUGGAUACUUUAGAUCAUUUUCAAAAAUGCUUUCUGAUUUUUAAAUUGCACCAUCAGAGAGUGGACAGUGGUAAGUCCAACCAGCAGGAAGGAAAGACCUGGAAGGCCAUCCGUGUGGACCUGGUCAUGUGCCCCUACGAGAACCGUGCCUUUGCCCUGCUAGGCUGGACUGGCUCCCGGCAGUUUGAGAGAGACAUCCGGCGCUAUGCCACACAUGAGCGGAAGAUGAUGCUGGAUAACCACGCUUUGUAUGACAAGACCAAGAGGAUAUUUCUCAAAGCGGAAAGUGAAGAAGAAAUCUUUGCACAUCUGGGAUUGGACUACAUUGAACCAUGGGAAAGAAAUGCUUAG